UUUUCUUCUUCCGCACUUCGUCACUUGCUCGCCGGAAUACCAAAAAGCCAAAAGACGGGUGUCCUUUAAGACUAGUGAAUCCAAAAGAGGAAAAUCCCACACCUCCACCACCGUAAUAAAGAUGGCGAAAUGUGCUUCGCUCUCCGGCUGGAUUGGUGUUACGUAGACCGGCGUGCUGCAAACUAGCUCUGGGCGGCGCGAGAUAGGUUGUCUCUCUUGCUGGAUGCUGAACGCAGACUUCGGGUGGACGAGGUGACUGCACCCGCUUCUUGAGAGCCUCGGGUUCUCGUGUUUGGCUUCUCUGCCUUCGCCCGUUUGUGUCCAGAGCCGGCCUGCCUUUCGAUUUGCUUUGUCCAUAUGUGCACCAGAAUCACUGCUGCUUAGCCUGAACCUAGUAAAAAUGACCUUACAGAUGACAUGUUUAAGUCAAACCUGCCAAGAAGUAUGAUUUGAAUGAACUUUAACUUAUACAAGUUUUUCCAUUUAUUUAACCUAACUUAUCAGAUGUCUGGAAUUAUUUGUAACCUACGGGGCUCAUGACCCCCAAAGGGGAGGGAUAAGAUGUGGUGAUCUCAAAUGCUCUGAGAUCCUAUCAUUGUAUGAUUAUACAUAUGAAAUCAUUCAUGUGAAGGGAGAAAAAAAAAAAAAACCAGGGACUUUGCUACCAUGCAGCAGACGACCAGAUUAUUUCUCCGAGCUUUGACGUAUAGUAUCCCUCACCCUGGGAAGUGCAUGCAGAAACAGAGUUACUAUAACUCCGCUGGUCAUUAUUACAAUAGAAUAAGAUUGGAAAAGUAUCACCUGCAAAAUAAACCCAAGAUAUCAGAAUUAGCAAGAAACAUCCCAAGUCGGAGCUUCUCAUGUAAGGAUCUUCUGCCUAUUAAGCCAGAAAACGAAAAGUCUCUUUCUGAAAACAUGGAUGCAUUUGAAAAAGUGAGAACAAGAUUGGAAACACAGCCACAAGAAGAAUACGAGAUCAUCAAUGCCGAGAUUAAGUAUGGCGGUUUUGUUUACUAUCAAGAGGGCUGCUGCCUGGUUCGCUCCAAAGACGAAGAAGCAGACAGCGAUAAUUACGAAGUUUUAUUCAAUCUGGAGGAACUUAAGUUGGACCAGCCCUUCAUUGACUCUAUCAGAGUUGCUCCCGAUGAGAAGUACGUGGCUGCCAAGAUAAGGACUGAGGAUUCUGAAACAUCUACCUGCAUAGUUGUGAAGCUGGGUGAUCAGCCUUCCAUGGAAGCUUCUUUCCCGAACGUGUCCAGUUUUGAGUGGGUGAAGGAUGAAGAAGAUGAAGAUGUCUUGUUCUACACCUUCCAGAGGAACCUUCGCUGCCAUGAUGUGUAUCGAGCCACAUUCGGGGAAAACAGACGUAAUGAGCGUUUCUACACAGAAAAGGACCCGAGCUAUUUUGUUUUCCUCUACCUUACAAAAGACAGCCGUUUCCUCACGCUCAACAUUAUGAACAAGACGACUUCCGAGGUGUGGCUGAUUGACGGCCUGAGCCCUUGGGACCCACCAGUACUGAUCCAGAAAAGGAUCCAUGGGGUCCUUUACUAUGUUGAACAUCGAGAUGACGAGUUAUACAUCCUCACUAAUGUCGGAGAGCCUACAGAAUUCAAGCUGAUGCGGACAGCAGCUGACGCCCCUGCUAUCAUGAACUGGGAUCUGUUCUUCACCAUGAAGAGAAACACCAAGGUCAUAGACCUGGACAUGUUUAAGGACCACUGCGUCCUGUUCCUCAAGCACAGCAACCUCCUCUACGUUAACGUCAUCGGGCUAGCGGAUGACUCUGUUCGCUCUCUAAAGCUCCCUCCUUGGGCCUGUGGAUUCAUAAUGGAUACCAAUUCUGACCCAAAGAACUGCCCCUUCCAGCUCUGCUCUCCAAUAAGGCCUCCGAAAUAUUACACAUAUAAAUUUGCAGAAGGCAAACUGUUUGAGGAAACUGGACAUGAAGAUCCCAUUACAAAGACUAGUCGUGUUCUGCGCAUAGAAGCCAAAAGCAAGGAUGGAAAAUUAGUGCCAAUGACAAUCUUUCACAAAAUGGAUUCUGAGGACUUGCAGAAGAAGCCUCUCUUGGUCCAUGUAUAUGGAGCUUAUGGGAUGGAUUUGAAAAUGAACUUCAGGCCUGAGAGGCGGGUCUUGGUGGACGAUGGAUGGAUCCUAGCGUAUUGCCACGUUAGGGGUGGUGGUGAGUUGGGCCUCCAGUGGCAUGCCGAUGGCCGUCUAACUAAGAAACUCAAUGGCCUUGCUGACUUAGAGGCUUGCAUUAAGACGCUUCAUAGCCAAGGCUUUUCCCAGCCGAGUCUAACCACUCUGAGUGCUUUCAGCGCUGGAGGGGUGCUUGUGGGAGCAUUGUGCAAUUCUAAGCCUGAGCUGCUGAGAGCCGUGACCCUGGAGGCCCCUUUCUUGGAUGUCCUCAACACCAUGAUGGACACCACACUUCCUCUGACGCUGGAAGAGUUAGAAGAAUGGGGGAACCCUUCAUCUGAUGAAAAGCACAAGAACUACAUAAAACGCUACUGUCCCUGUCAAAACAUUAAACCUCAGCAUUACCCCUCAGUUCACAUCACAGCCUAUGAAAAUGAUGAGCGGGUACCUCUGAAAGGAAUUGUAGACUACACUGAGAAACUCAAGGAAGCCGUUGCGGAGCAUGCGAAGGAAGCAGGGGAAGGCUAUCAGCCUCCCAACAUUAUUUUAGAUAUUCAGCCUGGAGGGAACCACGUGAUUGAAGAUUCUCACAAAAAGAUCACAGCCCAGAUGAAAUUCCUGUAUGAGGAGCUUGGACUUGACAGCACCAAUGCAUUCGAGGAUCUUAAGAAAUACCUAAAAUUCUGAAAUGCUGCCUUCAGCUGGGAACCGGAAACACGUGGAAAUAACAAUUAGUCUUAUUUCCAGUUGGGUUAGCAAAAGUGAGAUUUUUUUUUAAGUUAUUACAUAAUUUUUUAAAAGUUGUUUCUUCAUGUAAAUUUUGCUUAAUGUAUUCCUCACUUGUACCGUUCACACCAGCACAUACCCCUAGCCUGGGAAAGUAGUUUUUGGCCAUGCUCCUUAGGAGGAUGUGGAGAAGGAGCCAGAAGGCCUGGGCAGAAGACUGCCAGGCCUCCCUUCCAAUCAGAACAGCUUCAUGCCUAUUAAUAGAACUUUCUUUGACCAGUUUACAAAUCAGUGUCCUUCCUCUUCGCUAGUAAAUAUUUUUAGGGACUGUCAGUGAGUCCCCUGGCAACUCCCACAGCUCCACUGUAAAGAAAAGAAUAGCAUUCUUCAUUUAAAUGCUUUAGAAUUUGGAAAUAAUCUUUUAAAAACUUUAUUGUUCUUUCAAACACCUGAGCAUCUUCCCUAAAACAGUUGCAUUUGUGCUACAGAAAUUUAAGAAUUGAUGACAUCAUGAUGGAUGGAUGGAUGGAUGGAUGGAUGGAUGGAUGGAUGGAUGGAUGGAUGGAUGGAUGGAUGGAUGUUGAGACAUACUGGAGGCAGGGUGGCCAUCUUGUGAAUGGAGAUCUCUAACACAAACUGUACAGAAUGUCUAGUGUGCUCAAAUAGCAGGCGCGAUUGGAAACAAAGCAUUUGUCUCUGAAAGCUGCUUGCUGAUGGAGGAGAGUCUUCAUGCUGUGUUCCAAGAUGAGUCCUUCUCCCUUCUCCAGAGAAAUGGCAUGUGUAUCAACGUCACUGCCUGUGGAGGCCCAAUUGGUACUUAAUCUUAUUCUCAGUUUUGUAGGAAGAUCCGAAAUGAUUUCCUGUAGAUUUAGCAGAGUUGAUGAUUCUCCAAAAUUCAGGACCACGAUGAAGACUUUAUCUAUGCCAUCCAGCUCUCUUGUGUACACAACAGAGUGACUGUCUUCCCUCAAAAGGCAAAACCAGCCCCUGUUGAGCAGCAGCUCUUUGGCGUGUAGUAGACUUAAAUCCUGAUAAAGCCUCAAGGCUGAACUCGCCUCAGACUUUUGGACCUGUUUUUUAAAAAGAAUAUUCACAUAAAUGUUUUAUUUUAUUUUAAGAGUUAUCCCCCCCAGAAAAAAACUUGCUUCCAUUUAUCCUUUAAAAUAACCCCCCAAAUAAGUAAAUCACUGCCAAAUUAUAAGGCAUUUAUAAAUAGUUUAUCCUAAAGUCACAGGAAUUAAAAAUUCAUAUUUUCUGCUUGUGGGGAGUCAUUUCAGUGUGCACAAUGCUCCCACUUCUUAGAGCUGCUGCAGAGCCCAAAUUUGACCCCACUUUAGGACAUGGGGCUGCUGGAAUGAAGUCACUGUGCUGCCUGCUAACUGCCAGAUGGCUGGAAGCAGAAAGUGUCCAGUGCGUUCGGACUUCGCAGUUCCCAUCUGCGGGAUAACAUGAAGGGCACUGUGGGUGCAGAGAUCAUGGGUCCUGCAGACGUGGACUCUUGGAUCCCUGGUGAUGGGAAGGGCACUGCAAAACUGCAGAACCUAAGAUACACAAGUCUACAUUCGCUUUCUUGCUGCCCCGCCACGCCCUGCCCUGCCACGCCAUGGCCACAAAAGGUCGUUUUUGCCCUUUAAAAGUUUGGGUUUAUUUUGCAGCUACAAAAAACAUACCUAAUUUAAUGCUGUUCUUUUCUUUUAUUUAUUUUCCCUCAUAAGCAUUUUUCUGUUACAAAUAUCAUUGUGAUGGCUGGUAAUAUGCUGGCAGAAUAUUUUACCAUAAUUGUAUUCCCUUUCCUUUUAAACAUCUGCACUUGUAGUGUUUUUUUACAUUUUCGAUCCCCUCCUCCCAUGUUUUAUAUUAUUUAUUUAAGAUAGAUUAUCAGACAGAUAACUACUGUGUCAAAGAGUAUGGACAUUCAAUGCGUAAUGCAUUGUUCCAAGCUGUUGCCAAAUCAACAAUAAUGUUCAUUCAUUACACUCUAGCCUGCCAGGUUUCCUGGGCCGGUGGUGUUUGUUGUUUUCAGGUAGAUGCUUAAUAAUAUGUAUUUAAUGACUAUCUCAUGGAUGUUUAAAAAUGUCUGUUCUGUUUAUCAGGCACAAAGUAAUUGUGGUCUGUGUAUGUGACACACUGUGUUACUCAUUCUCCAUAGCUUUAGAUAAUGCAUGAGAAUCGUUGUUUAGUGCCACUCACAUGAGAGGCCCAGUGAGCUAUUCUUUCCACCUCCCUUCAUUUGAACUCUUUCCCUGUAACCGUGGACCUGUCUGUUUCUCUUUACACCUCUCAAAGUACUUGUUUGAUAUAUUUUGAAGCUUCUGUUAACAUGCAUAAAGAUUGGUGAGUAUUCACUGUCUGAAAAUUGCAUUUCUCUCAUAUAAUGCUUUUCAUAUUGAAUUCUAUUUUGUCUGCUAUUAAAUAUUUCCAAGCCUG